GUUGACAACCCUACGGUUUUUUCGAUCGCUCAGCAAACGGUCACACUGCGGGAUGGCGUCAAUUUGAAAACAACGGAACCAGAAAAUUUUAUCGCGUCCUUUGCAGCGUGCUUCCUUUGCCACGCAUUUACUAGGAAAAUAGUACAUUGUUUGAAUUAAAGUUAGUGUGAAAGAAAGAAUACUAGUGUGCGGGAAGCUCGUGAGCGUAAAAUUAUAUUCCCAGCUAUUGAGAUCAUUCGGAAAAUGGAGCUCUCCGCCUUGGCGUCGUAUGAUGAUCUGCGACGCUGCAUGCAGGUAUUGACCGAUGGAACGGCCGAGGAGGAGUUUCUCCGUUUUUUGCGGAUCUUCGAGCAUUACCACGAAAAGUGUGCCGGGUACGCGGCCGAGACGGCGAGGAUCCAAAGCGAACUGGACAAGUCGCUAACCAAGAUGGGCGAUUUGGAGGGCAAGCUGUUUCACGCUCGUCGUAUCAUUGACACUGAGAUGAAGGCCCGCCGCCAGGCGGAGCAUGAGCGCGACGCCAUGGAGGGCAAGAUCAUGGCAGUGGCGGAUCUGCUGCGCCACGAGCGAAAUUUGAACAAUGAGACCCGCGAUAAGCUGGCCUUCCUUAAUACGCUGCCGUCAUCCAGGAAACGAAAAUCCCUAAACACAGUGCGCGAGGACAAGUCGUAUGGCGACAUCAACUCCACCGGCUCGUUGCUGUCCGAUCUGUCCAUCACGCACUCCGAGGAUGACUUCCUGGACGUGCGCAGAUCUAAGUCCUGGCGUGAGCACCGUCCCUCGCUGCCAAAGAACCCCAUUCCCAGUGUGGGCAACAAGAGAUCACGCCUCAGCUCGGGACUGAAUGGAAGCAUGUCGGUGAAUACGCCUACCACCACGACAAAGUCACGGCGUUCGGCUGUCGGUAUCGGAGUCGAGCAGCACACAGUGGACGUGGGUCAGGGCGCUGAGCGCUUCUGUGCCACCACCAAGGUGACUAUACCCCAGGAUGGGCAAGGCGUGAUCCGGGCAGAGUCGACCAUUGAGUCCUUGCCAGUGAUUGGCGGCCCAGACAGGAUCGGCGAUGGCCUGUCCUCGACGCCGCGUCGCUCGGUACUAAAAGAGCCAAAUGCUCCGCCCCUGACCCCUCUAAACAAGAAGACUCCUCUGAUGGCCGCCGACACGGCCACUCCGACCCAGCACCGUCCGCUGAUGAGGAAGCACAGCUUCACCCAAAAGACUUUCUUGCGGGGCGACAACUGUGUGCAGUGUCAGAAGCGAAUUCGAUUUGGAUCGGUUGGCCUGCGUUGCCGGGAUUGCCCGGUUCGCUGUCACCUCGACUGCUGGUAUCUACUAACCGUUAGCUGUGUUCCCCAGACGGGAACGCCCACAACGAAGACGCUGACCGGUUACGUCAGUGACUUUGCCCCGUCCAUUGCACCCAUGAUUCCGGCUUUGAUCGUGCACUGCGUUAAUGAGAUCGAGGCGCGUGGCCUUACCGAGGUGGGUCUGUAUCGAGCCUCGUCUUCGGAGCGCGAGUACAAGGCGCUAAAGGAGCAGUUCUUGCGGGGAAAGACAACGCCUCAUUUGGGCAACACAGAUGUCUAUGUGCUGUGCUGUUGCGUCAAGGAUUUCCUGAGGUCCCUGACAGAGCCCCUUAUCCCGACCAGCCAGUGGAAGGAUUUCGCCAACGCCGUACAGAAUCCGGAUAUUAAUGCCGCUCAGGAUAUGCUGUGCAAGUCAGUGAAACAGCUGCCACAGGCAAAUCGAGACACGCUGGCUUUCCUUGUGCUGCACUUUCAGCGCAUUGCCGAGUGCCCCGUGGUGCUGAUGCCGAUCGAUAAUAUCGCGCUCAUCUUUGGCCCCACCAUAGUAGGCUAUUCAUCGGCGGAUCCCGAUCCUCACGCCAUAUACACGGAGGUAUUCACCCAGAAGCAGGUGAUGAAGGCGCUGCUUGAGCUGUCUGCAUCGUUCUGGGAGCAGUACAUAGCUAUUGAUAUGAACCCCACUCCAGCGACAGUGAUUAAACGAGUGCCCAGCAGCAAGAACGACUUACUUUCGCUAUAUGCCACUCCAUUCAAGGGCGGCACCAUAAAGAAGCGCAAGUUCUAUGGCACGCCGCCGCCUCAGUCUGCGCACAAGAAAUAACAUUGUCUUUCCGCGUUUGGGAAAGCAUUUGACGUGUUACUUAAGUUUACUUCAAGUAUUUACAGUUUUUGUUUCCGGCCACAGCAAUUUCCGAGCUGUAUUUAUAUUUUGUACCCCACUAACCCCGACUAGGAUAUGUUUUUCUUUAUAAUUAAUACGUUCAAUUAUAAAACAAGAACACUUUAUUCUAA